AUGGAACAACUGGCCGUGAUUCGAAACGGUAUCAACACACUAAUCGUUACUUGCAAGCCAUCUCUUGAUGCAUUUGGUUGGCAAUCCAUUGCAGACACUAUCGUCUUCCGAGACUCGGAUGAAUUGGAGAGCUUUGCAUCAGGGAACCUCUCGUCCCUGGAAGCCCUGUGCCAAAAGCUCGAGCAACGCCUGGAGCCCUUCAUUGACUACAGAGACACAAAAUCGUAUUCAGCUCCAGUUGGCUCUCUAGGCGGCCGAGCUGUGCGCAGCGUUUCGCGCAAGGUCUGCUCCACCAUUGCUUCGGCACUCUUUGACCAGAAGAUGGAUCUGGAAAAGGCCACUACAAGCUUAGCUUCCAAGACGUCGACGAUCGACCCGCAACACAGGAUGCUGGAGCCACGCUACGAUGUUGAUGCUUUUUAA